AUGAGAGGUCCUUACAAGGGAGUUGACGCGAGAAUUGUCGAAGAGAGUUCAACAGCAAUGUACAUUCAUUGUAACGUUCUUAUUUUGAAUUUAUACAUAGUCAGCUGUUGUUCGAUCAUAACCUCCAUAAGGAACACAUUUUUGGCACUUCAAAGUAUUUACCACUUUAUUGGAAGGCCAAGAAAGCGUCACUCUAUUUUCGAAAAAAUUCAAGCCAGCUUAAAAGGUUUUGCUGGAGGGACAAUGACUUUAAAGUCGUUAAGUGACACGAGAUGGGCCUGCCGAGUCGAAGCUGUACGUUCCUUGCUGGACAACUUCGAAGCUACAAUUUCGACUAUACAAGAAAUCGAAAACACUGACCCAGAUACUGGUGGUCAAGCCAGCCCUUUGCUAAAAAGCAUGGAAGACUUCAACUUCGUCUUUAAUCUUCUUCUCUUGAAACAGGUCUUAUUGCAAUGUGACUUACUGUCAAAAACACUACAAUCAGUCAGCCUGACUUUUGACCUUCUGAAAUCAGUCAAGAACAGCACAAUUGAGAUAAUACAAAGUUAUAGGACAGACCAAUACUUCGACAAGCUGUUUGAUUACUGCUCUAAAAUUACUGAAAAAUGUGGGUUUCGUCCAGCGAAGCUCCCAAGGAGAGGAAAAAUCCCAGCUAAACUUGUCGGAGGCUCUAAAGCUCCAUUUGAAGCGGUUAAAGAACACCUUAAAGCUACCGUUUUUUCCCCACUCCUUGACACUUUGGAACAGGAGAUUGAAAAUAGGCUACAGGACAACAAUUUGGAUGUACUCAACCACCUAAGCCAAUUGUUGGGAAGACAUGAAGUAGUGGAGGAAAGCAUCAAGUUUGUUUCAAAAUACUACUCUUUGGAUGAGGAGUUACUUUUCUGCGAAAUGAAAAUUUUUCAUAAUAUGAAAGAAUAA